CAGAGCCGGCCCCGAGCCCGCCGCACCGAGACCCCGGCCAGGCAUCUCCGGGACCCCGAGCUGCCCCGGGCUGCGCACAGCGAGCUCAGCGGGGGGAGGACGAGAACGGGGCUGGGAUCUGGAGCCGGAGCCCAGCGCGACCCCUCCGCCGAGCCCCCGAGCCACCCGCCCCGUGUCUCCCGCAGCCGCCGCCGCCUCCGCCCGUCCCGCCUGGCCAUGCGAGCCCCGGCGCCGCUGGCGCUGGGUUGCGUCAGCUUCGCGCUGUGCCUGCUGGAGCUGCCCCACGGCCGGGCCCUGCCGCCCCGCAGGCCGCCCCCGGCGCGGAGCCCCCCGGAGCGGAUCCCUGCUGCCCCCGGAGCCCCCCCGGCCCCGCAGCCCAUCGGGACCCUGCGGCACCGAGCGCUGCUCCCCCGGCACGGCCCGUGGGUGCCUCCCCGGCCCCCGCCGUGGCACGUCCGGCGCCUCGUCCUGCGGCGCGACCCCCGGCGGGACCCCCGGCGCGACCCCCGGCGGGACCCCCGGCGCGACCCCCGGCGCGACCCCCGGCGCGACCCCCGGCGCGGCCGGCGCCACCUCGGGGCACACCUGGUGCGGGUGGGCUGCGUGCUGGGCACCUGCCAGGUGCAGAACCUGAGCCACCGCCUGUGGCAGCUGCGGGGACAGGCGGGGCGCCGGGACUGGUCCCCCAUGAACCCCAACAGCCCCCACAGCUACGGCUGAGGGCGGCCGCGCCCCCGCCCCUCGGGACCCGCCCGAGCGCCGCCACUCGCGGCCGGGCUCCUCCGCGCCGCCCCGGCCACCGCCGCGCCCGGGGCCGUCCCCGGGGGGCUCCCGCCGCCGGGACCUCCUGAUGGAGCGCGGAGCACCGCGGGCUGCCGGACCGGGAUGUCCCGCGGGAGCCGGCGGUGACAUCGUGGGGACGGGCCCGUGACGACCCAACGCGAUCCGUGGUGGCGGCCAGCGGUGGCCGCAGCGACCGGCAGCGGCCCGGAGAGACUCACGGCGAGGGGAGGCUGCCUGUAGUGACUCUUGGUGGCUCAGAGUGGCCCCUGGUGGUGGCCCGGGUGGCCCGCGGUGGCCCGGGUGGCCGGUGUGUCCGGGGCGGGUCCAAGGGCCGGCGGGAAUCCCGCUGACCGCAGCAGCACCGGGACCUUGUGCAAGACCCCGCGGCCGCGCUCCUGCUGACUCAGCAUCCCCGCGCCUGCCGGGGCACCCCCGGAGCCCCCCGGGCACCCCCGGCAGCACCCCAGGGUGACGCUGGGGCUGGGGGGCCCUGCGGGGACGGGGCAGCCCCAGCACCUUCCCCACGGGGGGGUCCCGGUUGGGGCUGGCACCUCCCCGGGUGCUGGGGGGGGGUCCUGCCCUCCUCAGCAUGAACACUGUCCCCUCCCCUGGCACCUUGUCCCGUGUCCCCAGGCUGUGUCACCCACAGCCCCGCAGGAGCUGGCCACAGGGAGGUGUCCCCAAAUGUGGGGGGCAGUGGAAAGUUUGGGGUCCCUGUGCCCCCCUUCUGCCCCAGCCCGGACCUGUCCCCUGCUGCACCUCGGGGACACCCCCACGUCGUGUCCUCACAGGCUCAGUGGGUGCCCACACGGGCCCGUGGACACAAGGGGACACGUGUGACAUCCCUGUCACCCUGGGGUGCCGCUGUCACCUGCAGGGCUGUCACCCCAUGGCCCGGUGGGACAGGGAUGGGUGACCCCAAAUCACUGUUACAACCCCCCAAGAGCAGCAGCCCCCAUUCCCUCCAGAACAGCCCUGUCCUCUUGGGAGCACCCCAUUCCCACAGGAGCACCCCAAACACUUCAGGGCACCCCCAUUCCCAGGAGCACCCCAAUCCUCCCAGGAGCACCCCAGCCCCCCAUUCCCCAGAGCCCCCGGGGUGUCCAGGACGUUCUGGGACAGGAUGUCCCCUGGGUGCCACGCGGAUGGAGCUGUCCCCUGGGUGUCCCCCCUCUGGGUGUCCCGGCAGGUUUUGGGACAGGAUAUCCCUGGAAUGUCUCCGGGUGUCCCCUGGGUGUCCCGGCAGGUUUUGGGAUGGGGUCCCACGGAUGCCACCUGGGGCUGUGUCCACCCCUGGGUGUCCCAGGACCUCCCAGCCCCCCGCGGAGCUGCCGAGGGGCACUUGGGGACCCGAAGGGUGUGGGGGGUCCCCGGGCCGUUGUCCCCUCCCCCGGGUGCCCCCGCUGAGCCGGGGGGUGCCCGACCCCUCCUGCCCCAGGGCGGAGCGCGGCUGCUUCCCGGGAAUCCCGGUCCGUGUGGAAUAAAGAAAGCGUGUGAGGAGGA